AUGUCGCCGGCUUUUACUCUGUAUGGCGCCCGCGGCUCGACCAACACCGAUCGUGUCCGCCUAACUCUCGCCGAAGGUGGCCUUACGGACUACGAACUCGUUCUGCUCGACCUUCGAAAGGGAGAGCAAAAGUCUCCAGAACACAAAGCCCGUCACCCGUGGGGGAAAAUCCCCGUCCUCGUUUCCGCCGAGGGCUUCACUCUCUAUGAGAGUCGCGCAAUCUGCAAAUAUCUCGCAACAAAGUACUCCUUCCCACUUCUACCGCCGCUUGACUCCUCCGACAAUAUCGAAUCUGCGGCGCUGUUCGACCAAGCGCAGUGCGUCGAAAUGCUUUACUUCGCCGAGCCCGCGGGCAGAAUCGCGUUUGAGAAAUUCGCCAAACGAUUCAUGGGCUUGCCUGCCGACGAGACCAUUGUCGCCGAAGCACUGCGAUCGGUCGAGACGUUCUUCGACGUUGCAGAAGAGCGCCUCUUACGCGACAAGAAGUAUAUGGCCGGAAACGACUUCACGCUCGUGGAUAUCUUCUACAUUCCGUUGGUCCAGAGGCUUUUUGCCUGUGGAUACGGAGAUGUCAUCGUCAGUCGCGAGGCUGUGAGUGCUUGGUGGGACCGGUGCGUGAAUCGCCCGGCUAUACGGAGGGUGUUGGCCGCUGAUAAGGAGGCUGCGGCUGCUGUCAGUGCCAAUAGAUAG